CCCCCCCAACCUCUGCCCCGCCAUUUUCUUGGUUCUUUCUCCUCCUUUUCAGUCACUUUUUAUCGACCGUUACCACCCACACUUCCACACUUCAAUUCUUUCACCCCAUUCAUAAAUCCAAUCAAUUUGAAGAGAUAUAAAUAUGCAUUCCGGAUCAUAGCUCCCUUUUCAUUCAUCGACUGAGGAAGAAUGUCGGAAGGAACAAGUAACGGGAUGGACGACAUGUCCCGAGAUGAUGCCGGCACAGUAGGGGAGACGGCUGAGAAUUGCAUACUGUCGCGGCAGACUUCAGUGAACCUUGUUCCUGUUGUUGGCCAGAGAUUUAGUUCGCAAGACGCUGCGUAUGAGUUUUACUGCGGUUUUGCACUGCAAUGUGGGUUUUCGAUUAGGCGUCACCGUACUAGAGGCAAGGAUGGGGUUGGCAAGGGAGUGACUAGGAGGGAUUUCACUUGUCAUCGUGGGGGGUACCCUCAGGUGAAGCCCUCUGAAGAUGGGAAGAUGCAGAGAAAUCGCAAGUCAUCGCGCUGUGGUUGUAAGGCGUAUAUGCGCAUUGUCAAGAGGACAGAGUUUGAUGCCCCUGAAUGGCGUGUUACAGGAUUCAGCAAUGUACAUAACCAUGAACUGUUGAGGUCCAAUGAAGUGAGUCUUUUUCCUGCCUCAUGUUCCAUAUCUCCAGAUGACAUGAGUCGGAUUUGUAUGUAUGCCAAAGCCGGGAUGUCAGAGCGGCAAAUGUUGAGAUUGAUGGAGCUGGAGAAAGGUGUUAAACUGGGAUGUUUAUCAUUUACAGAGAUAGAUGUCAGGAACCUACUGCAGUCUUUUAGAAAUGUUCAUAGGGAUAGACCGGAUGGUGAUGCCAUUGAUCUUCUAGCAAUGUGCAAAAAAAUGAAAGAUGAAAAUCCUGAUUUCAGGUAUGACUUCAAAAUUGAUGGUCAUAACAGGCUGGAGCAUAUUGCUUGGUCGUAUGGUUCAUCUAUUAGAUUAUAUGAGGAAUUUGGAGACGCGGUGGUUUUUGAUACAACUUAUCGUUUGGAUGCAUAUGAUAUGCUGUUAGGAAUAUGGCUAGGAGUGAAUAACCAUGGAAUGACUUGUUUCUUCGGUUGCGUGCUUCUGCGGGAUGAAAAUAUGCAGUCAUUUUUCUGGGCUUUGAAGACAUUUCGAGGGUUCAUGAAAGGAAAGACUCCGCAGACAAUAUUAACUGAUCAUAACAUGUGGCUGAAAGAAGCUAUUGCUGUCGUCAUGCCUCAAACAAGACAUGCCUUUUGCAUAUGGUACAUUGUUGAUAAGUUCUCAGAGUGGUUUUGUGCACUUCUGGGGUCUCAAUAUGAUGAUUGGAAAACCAACUUUGAGAAACUCUAUAAUCUGCAGUCAGUAGAGGAAUUUGAAGAAAGAUGGAUGGAAAUGGUUGAUAGAUAUGGACUGCAUGCAAAUAAGCACGUAAUCAGCUUAUAUGCUCUACGGUCGUUUUGGGCUUUAGCAUAUAUGAGGCCUUACUUUUUUGCUGGAAUGACUAAUACAUGUUACUCAGAUUCAACUGGCGCUUUUAUCCAACGGUUUUUGAGUGCAGUCUCCCAACUAGAUCGUUUUGUAGAGCAAGCAGCUGAUAUUGUUAAUUAUAGUGAUAGAGCUGGGGCAAAACAAAAGUUGCAACAGAAGCUGCAGAGAGUCUGCCUUAAAACAGGUUCACCAAUUGAAUCACAUGCUGCCUCAGUUCUUACUUCUUAUGCAUUUGGAAAAUUGCAAGAGGAACUUGUGUUGGCUCCACAGUAUGCAUCUCUUCCGGUAGAUGAAGUUUGUUUCCAGGUCCGGCAUCAUACUCAGGCAGAUGGAGGCUGCAAAGUGUUUUGGGUUCCAAGUCAAGAGCACAUCAGCUGUACCUGUUGUGAGUUUGAGUUCACAGGCAUCCUAUGUAGGCACAUUCUUCGUGUCCUGUCAAAUGGUAAUUGUUUUCGUAUUCCAGACCGAUAUCUAGCUGCCCGAUGGUGUGGUUUCAGUUCAUCUUCCACUAACUCCUUUCAGAAUGCUAAAGACAAAUCUGAGAAGAUUCAACUAUUGGAGUCCAUGGCUUCAACGCUUGUUGCUGAAUCAAUUGAAACAGACGAGCGUCUUCAUGCUGCAUAUGACCAAAUUGCAGUGGCAUUAUCACGUGUAAAAGACCUUCCUAGUACAACACGUAAAGCAAUUGAAGGAGCCUCUGAUUGCUCACCUGAUUUUCGUCCACAUGAUUUAAUGUCUCUUCCGGAGGUGGAAGUUGACAAUGGAGUUGUUCGUUUUGCAAUGGGAAACUCUCAUGAAUCUGUUUCUUCAGGGAAGCUUAAAGAGAGAAGACCAAAAGAAACUGUUGAAAGUACAACACGUAAAGCAAUUGAAGGAGCCUCUAAUUGCUCACCUGAUUUUCGUCCACAUGAUUUAAUGACUCCUCCGGAGGUGGAAGUUGAUGAUGGAGUUGUUCGUUUUGCAAUGGGAAACUCUCAUGAAUCUGUUUCUUCAGGGAAGCUUAAAGAGAGGAGACCAAAAGAAACUGUUGAAAGUAAUAGAAAGAGAACACGGCAUUGUGCUGGCCCGUGCUGUCUGAGUGACCUGUGAUGGGAGGUGACAUAUGAAUUGAGAUGUAUUAGAAAACUGUAGAGUAAAAGAUUGGAACUAGACUAGUUGAUAACUUGAUAUAGCAACAAAAAAAAACACAGCUUUUCUGCAACGUUCAUUUUUUGUUUAUAAUUGUUGUUCAUUACCAUGGGGUGUGAUAUUUCUCCUUGUGAACUCACAACCCCUUCAUUCCUAAUGUAACUGAAAUUUGGGAAUUAUAAUGUGCGUUAAUUUCUGCAGUCAUGGCGGCAUUGUAAACAGGUUGAGUUUGUACAGUGUUGUAG